AUGCCAUUUGUCAUCAGGUCACCUUUGUUUCCACCUGAAAAAUCGGUGGAGGUACCUUUGGAUGCUGACCCAAUAGCCCAAACAAGUUCCGUGGAACUCUAUAUCCAGUUGGCAGAACCUACCGUGUUCUUACAAGGGUUUGAGUCUCGUCACAUUGCCGAGAAAUGCCCGGGCAUAUUGAGAGGUUCGUUAAUCGUUAGAGUUUUGAAACCAUCCAAGAUUAAAAAUAUUUCUCUUUCCUUUAAAGGUUAUUCAAGAACUGAGUGGCCCGAGGGAAUCCCACCUAAGAGACAGGAUUUUGUGGAAAUUAAUGAUAUUAUUAAUCACACCUGGCCCUUUUACCAAGCUGAAAAUUCUAUCUCAACCGAAACUAAUCCAGAAAAGACUAGCGUCGAUGAUGCUAUUCUCCAAACUACUGGUGCGUCAUUAUUUAAACCUCUUCCAAAAAAACCAGAUCAUUUACACUUCCAUUCGAAUAAUACGUCAACAUUAAAUUUGAAUGCAACGCCAUCGACUUCCAAUUUUUCUAGAAGAGGUAGUGAACAUACCAUAGAAAUGAAGACUCCAUUCAACAGAGGUAGAGCUACUUCCAAUGUAUCUGUAACAUCAGCAUCGAGAAGUUUAUCACCUUUAAAUUUAUUUAGAAGAGCAACAUCAAUUUCUGCUCAUGAUCAAUCGUCACAUCUAAACGUGGCUUCCUCAACGAAUAAUAACAACAAUAACCAAAAUUCAGCAAAUCGGGCUACACCAACAUCAUUGUUUUCCGAUAUAUUGAGUAGUACAUUCUCUAAUUCAAACGAUCAAUCUUUGCAAAAUGUCAUGCAUACUAGCGGGUCUGGUAAUAAUGAACAUUUCAUUUUUCAACCUGGUGAUUACAUUUACACAUUUGAACAGCUAAUAUCCCAAUCGUACCCUGAAUCGAUAAAAGCUGACUUUGGGUUUGUUGAGUAUUUUUUAUUCGCUAGUAUUGAAAGAUUCGGUGCAUUUAAAUCCAAUAUAACGGCAAGGCUGCCGAUUGAUAUAGUUCGUACCCAAUCGGACACAUGUGUGGAAGAGAGUGAACCUAUUAUUAUAUCUAGGGAUUGGGAAAACCAAUUAUAUUAUGAUAUUGUAAUUGCUUCAAAGGAUAUUAUAUUAGAUGCCUUUCUACCCAUUACUUUCAAGUUUUCACCACUGGAUAAAGUCAUUUUACAUCGAGUGAGAAUUUAUAUUACUGAAACAUUAGAGUAUUAUUGUAAGGGGAAGAAAAUACACAGAAUGGAGCCAACUAAAAAGUUUUUACUAGCUGAGCAUAGGGGUCCUAAACUUCCUGACGCUCCACCAGAUAGUAAACGUUCUAAGGCCAAAUAUAUGGGCAAUCUAUUGGAAGACGAAUUGAGUGGUGAUUUGAUAAAUAAAACUUUUGAAUAUCAAGUUUUUGUACCAAGUAAAUUCGAUAAUCAUCAAGCGUUACACCCAGAUACUACCUAUGAUAAGAUUAAGUCCAACCACUGGAUAAAAUUAUGUCUAAGGUUAUCCAAAAUGGUAAAUAAUAAAAGGAAGCAUUAUGAAAUUAGUAUUGAUUCCCCAAUUCACGUGUUGAAUAAGCUUUGUUCACAUGCCAAUACAUUACUACCGAGUUAUGAUAGUCACAUGUUAUGUAAUGAAGAAUCAGCAUUUCAAGAUUCACAAACUGAUUCACAACGCCGUGGAUUCGAUACAAGCUAUCAUAAUUCCAAUAUAUUUUUUCCAAAGGAAAUCAUGCUUUCACCUGUUCUUUCUCCUGAAGUUCAAGAACUGAAUGAAAAUGCAAAUAUCAACGAAACCUCGACACAUGCAAGAAGGGGUAGCCUACGUCAUCACAUAUUGCAACAUGAUAAACCUGAUGAAGAUAUAGAUACCAUCUUUAAUUCACCUAAAUUAAAAUCGAAUAUUUAUCAUCCAGAUAUGAUCCAGAGGGAAUUGACGUCACCACAGGCAAUUCCACUAUCACCAAUUACCUCGCCCCAAUUGAGACCACUUUCCUUAGCAGAUCCACCACCAGCAUUUGAUUUUAGUGAUGACAUCCUUAAAUAUGGAAAUUCUGCACCACCAAAGCACCCACCUGCUUAUAUCGAUGUGAUGAAGCAUGAUGGUGUUGAUAUCAAUUCAAAUCACUCUAUUCCAUCCUUAAUGAUUCCAAAAAUAAUGGUCAAUAAAUCUCAAGAAUCCCUGGUUAGUAACAAGGCGACAAACAGCAUCAGAGAUCAAUUAUCAUCUAAUAAGGAUGACUCUAAAAAGCACGAUAAUGAUACGUCUUUAGGGAGUAUUGAAGAAGAUGGUGAUAUUGCCUCCGGGUUCAGCUUCCAUGGCUCUAAUCUACCUUCAGGUAUAUUGAGAUCCCAAUCUUCAAAUUUAUUUCCAACUGCAAAUAGACGUAAAAGUAUUCAGGAUAUUCUACCAUCUACCAUAAGAAACGAUACUAUGUUCUUUAAUGAUUUAAAUCAGUUAUUAGAUGAUAGUCACUUUGGAGAAACCGAUAUGGACAUUAAUAACAACAACAAUAAUAAUACAGAUCAUUUAAACGUUGGUACAUCUGCUCCUUCCUCAAGUAUAGGUCAAUCAUGUCGGUCCUCAUUUGAUCGCUCUUUUGUCGAUAUAUCGAAGGAUUCGGCAAACACACAACCAUUACUGGAUACCUCUGAGUCACGAAACAAUUUGGAUAUGGAUUAUUCUAUGAAUAGAUCGAGAGACUCCAUUGAUGAAAUCCCUAAACUGCCAAUGGAUCCUUCUGUUGACAUUACGGCAUUAUAUGAUCGAAACCCAAAUGUGUGGCACCCUCUUCAGUCCGAAACUGGUUUUCUUCCAUUGUCACCUGUAUUGAGCUCUGACUUUCAUGUUUUCCCAGACCAGCUUGCUAAAAAUAAGGAGGAAGAAGAAAGUACAUCAGAUAAUAAUCGUGAAUUAGGAUUGACAGAUGCAUCUUCAAGUAGAAAAUCAGAUAUAUUGGAUAGACAAUCGGAUGAGUUUGAAUCCAAACCUAUAUUCAAUACGAUCGACAACGAGGCAUUGGGAACCCCUGAGGCAUCGGUCAUAUAA